UUUCCUAAUACACAACACUGACACGACCCGGACACAAACAAAAGGGGAGACAGAAAGACACACAUCGAUGAGUGAUCAGCCACACAAUGGCGUCGGACGCCUCCGCUACAAGGUCUGGCUGUGGAUCAUUGGCGCGGCUCUGGUCGUCAUCGUGCUGACCAUUGUGCUGCUCAUCCUGCCGAGCCAGAUAGCCACGCUGGUGGUGCCGAACGCCUUGGCCACCUACAUCUUCUUCGGCAUUGGACUGGAAGCCCUGUGCGUGUACACGUGUGUGACGUGGCUGCGCCGCCAGUUUCCCUUCAAUUGGAUCAUCUGCGGCAUCAUUGCCGCCCUCCUGUCCCUCGGAACGGUCUCGAUUUUGCCCGAGCAGGAGCCGCUCGACAUAAUGAUCCUCAGCGAGGAGAUCCUGUUCAUGAUGGUGCUGCUACUGCUUUUCGGCUCCUACAGACUGCCCAACUGGCCCACAAUAGCCCAGCUCUUCAUCGGCUGGUACAUCUUUGCGGUGGUGGCCAGCUUCAUCACUGUGGUGACUUUCAACUUCUUGACCGACCGCCUUUGGGGCAUCAAGAUGGCGUUGCACUUGAUUUUGUGGGAAGCGCUAUUUCCGGUGAUCGUCUUUCAGGGCCAGAUAAUAUCCGGCUACUGGAAUAACGAUCCGCCACAUCUCGACAAGCCUCUGUGCUCGUUAAUGCUACUGCUGGACUUCCUAGCCUGCUUCGUUUUCCUGUCCUGUAUUGAAGAUAUUGGAACGCUUUUUCACUACAUCGUCAAACCGUCAUCACGUAAAUUCUUCAACCGUCUUAUUGAUGUGGACGACACCUGAGCUGAGUGUUCG